AUGAUUCCAAAAAAACCAACAUUAGCAAAAGAUUUUUUACAUAAUUUUCCACUUCUUCGAUCACUUGUUGAAGAAGCUUUAGCUUUACAACAACAUCAAUAUGAUAUAUCGACAUCAGUUAGGCAUGUAAUGUUUGAUGAUCGACCACAUUCAGCUGUACAACAGAAACAAAAUAGUUCAAAACAAAUUCCAGUACGACCUAAAUCAGCAAUGAAUGUUCGUACAAUACGAACUAAAUCUGUUAUUGUAACAAGAAAUAUAAUUAAUACACGUCGUCUUUAUCCACCAUCAUCAAAAACAAAUAAAAUGAUCGUAACAAAAAAUGAUGUACGUGAUUUAGUUGAUCGUCUUUCUAAGCCAAAAUUUAACAAACGUGUUGAACGAGAAAUCGCAUCGAUUGAUCAUGAUCUACCAACUCAAGAACUCGUUAUAAAAACUCCACGUAUCUCUUCGAAACAAACUAACACUACUAGGUCUACCAAUAUCACACGAAAACCACCACCUUCUUAUGGUACAACCCGGGCUCAUCGAUUAAUGGCUGAAUUAUCUCGAGCUCGUCGUGCUGGUAUUCAGCCUCAAAAAGCUAGUUCACCUAAAUCUCAAACAUCUCCAAAGAUAGAAUCCGCAUCCAAUAGUCGUACUCCUUCAUCGUCACCACAAAUAUUGAAUACUGGCACGGUUUCACGCUUAUCUCUUCUAAAUAAAGUUGAUGUUGAUACUCCUACUAUACAAAAAACUAAUAUUCAACGAACAUCUUUGGAAGUCACGCCAGAAAAUACGGGUCCUAUUCAAAAAUCACCAUUAACAACAAGUCAAGAUGUUACUUUAAAAUUAAAUCAAACAAUAACAAAGAUAACAUUUUCAACUCCGGAAUCAACAACCAUGCCUCAACAUAAUCAAGAAAAUGAUCAAAGAAAUGAUGACUUAACGUUUUCAAUUACUGAUAUAACUGAUUAUUUUACCGAUGGUGGAGAAUCAAGUACUCGUCCAUCAAGUUGA